GGCCGAUCCUUACAUUCGAGGCCGGCCCAGCUCUGUAGCUUCCCCCUCUGGGCCUCUCACCCGCGCAGGACCUCGGUGGGAGCGCGCACGUGGCGGGGCGGGGGGCCGCGGGCCCGAGCCCGGACUGGCCACCGGGGGCGCCCGCGAGCUGACGCUCUGGCCCGUUGCGGUCUCUGUGGCCCGCGCGAACUUCCGGUCCUGGAGCCGGUGGCCGCGGGGCUCCAGCGACACCGUGUGGUCCGUGCUCCGCUCUGUGGCUCCAGGGGGCCGAGAAACUGCUGAGAGUCCGGCCCGGCCGGCAGUGCUGGGCGCGGGCCGAGGGCCCCGGGAGGCUGCGGCCCCGCCCUCUUUACCUGCGGCCUCGCAGAGCAUGCUGGGAGCCGCGGGAGGCAGUGGCCCCGCUCCCCUCACCUGCGGUAUCGCAGAGCAUGGUGGGAGCCCCGGGAGGCAGUGGCCCCGCCCCGUUCCCUGCGGCCGCGCAGAGCAUGCCGGGAGCCGCCGGCCGCCGGCCGCUGGUGUCCGGACCGCUCGCCCCCGUUUGGACCCGACUUCGGUUCUUCUGGGGUGUUGAUGCUCCUAAAGCCCGAGAGCACGUGUCCAGACCCUAGCCUGUACGACGCUGACUCUGCCCGGUCCCAGAACCAAAGCCAUGCCGGGGUGUGGCCUCUGACCCCACGCGGAGGGGACCUCGCCUUGCGGGACCCCACCUGGAACCCGACCUCCCAGCCUCGCAGCCGGCCUGAGCCGCCAUGCGCGGGAAGUUGCUGCCGCUGGCCGGCCUCUACCUGGUGCAGGGCCUGCCCUACGGGCUCCAGUCCGGCCUCCUGCCCGUGCUGCUGCGUGCCGGCGGCCUCUCGCUGACGCGCGUGGGGCUGGCCAAGGUUCUGUACGCUCCGUGGCUGCUCAAGCUGGCUUGGGCCCCGCUGGUGGACGCGCAGGGCUCGGCGAGGGCCUGGGUGACGCGCAGCACGGCGGGCCUGGGCCUGGUGUGUGGGCUGCUUGCCGGGCUGCCCCCUCCUGGAGCUGGCCAGGCCGGGCUGCCCGCCGCUGUGGCGGGGUUGCUGCUGUUGUUGAACCUGGGUGCCGCCAUGCAGGAUGUGGCCCUGGACGCGCUGGCUGUGCAGCUGCUGGAGCCGGCCGAGCUGGGGCCGGGCAACACCGUGCAGGUGGUCGCGUACAAGCUGGGGGCCGCGCUAGCUGGGGGCGCGCUGCUGGCGCUGCUGCCCACCUUCUCGUGGCCGCAACUCUUUCUGCUCCUGGCUGCCACCUACUGGCUGGCCGCGGCCCUGGCCUGGGCUGCACCAGCCCUGCGGCGGCUCCCACAGCAGCCCCUUUCCGAGCAGCGUCCCCACACCGCCCACCUUCUGCGGGACGUGCUAGCCGUGCCGGGGACCGUGUGGAUGGCAGGCUUUGUGCUCACCUACAAGCUGGGUGAGCAGGGUGCCAGCAGCCUGUUUCCUCUUCUCCUGCUGGACCACGGCGUUUCUGCUCCCGAGUUGGGACUGUGGAAUGGUGUGGGUGCUGUGGUCUGCUCCAUCGCUGGCUCCUCCCUGGGUGGGACCUUGCUGGCCAAGCACUGGAAACUGCUGCCUCUGUUGAGGUCAGUGCUGCGCUUCCGCCUCGGGGGCCUAGCCUGCCAGACUGCCUUGGUCUUCCACCUGGCCACCCUGGGGGCCAGCAUGGACGCUGGCACAAUCUUGAGAGGGUCAGGCUUGCUGAGCCUAUGUCUGCAGCACUUCUUGGGAGGCCUGGUCACCACAGUCACCUUCACUGGGAUGAUGCGCUGCAGCCAGCUGGCCCCCAGGGCCCUGCAGGCCACACACUACAGCCUUCUGGCCACGCUGGAGCUGCUGGGGAAGCUGCUGCUGGGCACUCUGGCCGGAGGCCUGGCUGAUGGGUUGGGGCCACAUCCCUGCUUCUUGCUCCUGCUCAUCCUCUCUGCCUUGCCCGUUCUGCACCUGGACCUAGCACCCAGCACCUUUCUCUGAGCUGAGUGGCUGGAUUGGUCAAUAAAGCCACAUGUGCCUGUGGCCCAGAUGUCUCUGUGCCUGGAAUAUGUGAUGUGCUUGUCCCCAGCUUGUGGGGGCUGCCUCAUUGGCCAAGAGGGCCCAUAAAAACAAAGUGAGCAUUUUUUAUUCUGCAUUUUGGAGCCUCCUCGUUCCCACACCCUGUGGCAGGUUUUGCCCAGGUCCUCAGUCACUGCCCUAGCCUCUGACAACCCCAGCUCUACCCGACAUCCCCCAACGCAGUGCAGUCAGCGGGCCACCCGCAGGAGCUCUUCCGUGGCCAGGCCCACCAGGGCAUGGAAGCUCAGGUGCAGGUAUUUUCUCCAGAAGCGUCGGUCCUGCCCAUACACCUGGGCCGGGUAGCAGGGGCUUCCUAGGGUGGAGCCAAGACACAGCCAUGAGCCCCAGCCCCAGCCUGCAGCGGGUGGAGCCUCCCAGGCCUCACCUGCCCCAGCCCCCAGCCCCCAGCCCCAGCCUGCAGCGGGUGGGGCCUCCCAGGCCUCACCGAUGCCGUGGAAGAUGCGGGCCACAGCCCUGCCGGAGAACUUCUCCUCUGGCCUCAGGGACAGGAACUGGCGGAUGUCGCAGCGGACCUGGUCCUCCCAAUCCUGGAGCUAUGUGGACAGGCACAUCAGGCUUCCUCUGAGCUCCCGUGGCACUGCAUCCACACAGCAAGCCCCAUGCAGCCCAGGGAACCUGCAACCCCGAUGAGCUGCCUGGCCUUACUGCACUCACUCUGGCCUGCCCUGGCUCGGGGCCCUGUGCAUCCUCCAUGCCUCCCGGCUCCUGCCCUUGCUCUUCCUCUUCCUCAAAGUAGCGGCCGAGCAGGUCCUUGAGCUUGGUGCUGCGCUCCUCAUCCUGCUGCUCCAGGCAGGGCCUGCAGCUGGGGAAGGCUACGCUGUGGGGAGGAGCCUGUCAGAGCUGAUCACUGCGGGAGGGUGGAUGGUCCCAGGCCCCGCCGGCCUCCUCCCAACCUGUGAAAGGCCUGGAAGGUUCUGCGCAGACGGGCCAGGGCCUGGCGCUCCCGGGCCUGCACACGGCCAUAGAGGAAGUCACAGAUCUGGUCCUUUUCCUCAGCGGUCAGGUCCCCCGGGCUGCGAAGGUGGAAGGCCAGCUCACUGAACUCCACAAGCACCCCUGUCCCACGCCGCACACCUGCCGGAAAGCAUGUCAGAUGGAAGCAGGCAGCGUCCAGGGCGGUGUGGGGUGGGGAGAGGAGCACCUGUCCUGGGCUCGUGGUCCCACUGCAGCUGGCAGAGAGCCCGCCGCACAGAGGCCAGCUCCCAGCCCAUGGAGUCCACCAGCUUGACCAUGUCAAACUCCACGGAGCUGCUGCCUUGCCCUGGGUCCUCAGGCAGCCGCUGGGCCAAGCACACAGCCAAAGGGGGACACCUGUGCCCAGGGAAAAAGGGACAUGUGGCCAACAGCCCUGAUUCUCCAACCUCGUCUCCAACUCAGGGCAGGGCGUGCUUACCUGUGGGCCAGGGCCUGGAGCUGGGCAGGGCCCCCAGGGCAGUUCAGACGGCAAUGGGUAUAGGUGGUCGCCAGCAGCUCCAGCCAGUGGUGUGGGUGCAGCUCCAGGUAGCACAGCAAAGUCUCAAUGGCUGGGGGCAGAGCAGGGCUCAGGGGACGCGGGGACAGCCCCUCCACACCCCUGUGGCUUACCCCAGGUUCCUCACCCUCCUCCGGCAUGUCCAAAGCCUGUACGGUAAGCUGUAUUGGGAGUGCCCGCUCAUGGCCCAUGCAGACCCUUCUGGGUCCUGGGGCUGCUUGGUGGCCAAGCUGCUCAGCCUCUUGAGGGGGGUACUUGGGCACAGGCCUCUCCCCACCCACGGCCCCUUCCUGCUCCGAGGGUGGCCUGGUGCAGGUGCAGGUGCAGGCUGGGAACACGCGCUGUACCAGCCUCUUCACAGCCAGGAAGUCCGUGCUGUCGGCGUGCACGUGUCUGCGCAGCUCUCGCAGGUCUUCGCCCUGCAGGGCAACUUUCAUGAGGGUGGGGUGGACCACUGGGGGCUUGAGCACUGGCAGUGUGUGUGGGGGGGUGCCAACCUGGGGCUGCAGGAAGAGGUGGCAGUGGGCAGGCUGCCCGUCACGCCCGGCCCGGCCCACGGCCUGCACGUAGCUCUCGAAGCUUGGGGGCAGCCCCAGAUGCAGCACAGCCCGCACAUCUGGCCGGUCCAGCCCCAUCCCAAAGGCCACCGUGGCCACCACCACCCGCAACUGGCCCUGCAUGAAGGCUCGCUGUACCCGCCGCCGUUCCCGGAUGCACAUGCCCGCGUGGUAGGCCUCAGCCGUGGUUUUGGGGGCAUGACCUUUGGGGAAGACAGGCAGAUGGUCAGUGGGAUAGGACCAUGUGUGCCCAAGGUGGGUCCAUGGGGACACCAGCUCUGUCCAUGCCGCACCUCCAGACCCUGGGACCCGGGCUGCGUGCAGGCAGGUUCGGAGAAGCGCAGCGAUCCGCUCUGUGUCCUCGCGCCGGUUGCAGUAAAUGAUAAUGGAAUCCA